AGCGAUAGGCCCGAUAACGAUCCGAUCCGUUUCGGAAGAGUAACAAAACAGCUAAACGCGUAUGAAGUUGGAACGCGUAUGAAGAGGACCGAAGCCGAGACGAACAGAAACCGACGCGUCGUCUCCGCCGUCAGCUAGCCUAGUGUUCCAGAAACUUUGAGUGUUGAUCAAGAAUCACGUCACUGUGAGUUGUUAAAUUUUGGGGGUUUCGAUCCUCUGAAGCUUUGAGCUUGAGGUUUUCCAGGGGAGGAUUUGGGUUGGAGAAGUGAUUAGGAUUUUUGGUUGAAAAGGGUUUUGAAAAUGAGUGAUAAUCUAAUGGAGAAAGUCAAUGCGUUCGGAGAACGCCUGAAGAUCGGAGGAGCAGAAGUGGGUAGGAAGAUGACUGCUGGUAUGAGUUCUAUGAGCUUCAAGAUGAAGGAGCUUUUUCAGGGACCAAACCAGACUGAGAAGCUUGUGGAGGAGGCGACUGCUGAGACCUUGGACGAGCCAGAUUGGGCCACCAACCUUGAUAUCUGUGACAUGAUUAAUCAAGAGAAGAUAAACAGUGUUGAAUUGAUUCGUGGAAUCAAGAAGAGGAUCAUGUUGAAUAACCCCAGGGUCCAGUACCUGGCUUUGGUCUUGCUGGAGGCUUGUGUGAAGAACUGUGAGAAGGCAUUCUCGGAGGUUGCAGCAGAGCGAGUCCUGGAUGAGAUGGUGAAGCUUAUUGAUGAUCCUCACACUGUCGUAUAUAAUCGGAAUAAGGCUCUUGUGCUUAUCGAAGCUUGGGGUGAGUCCGCCAAUGAACUGCGGUAUUUGCCUGUUUAUGAAGAAACUUAUAAGAGCUUGAAAUCCAGAGGUGUUCGGUUCCCUGGCCGUGAUGAUGAGAGUUUAGCUCCAAUAUUUACUCCGCCACGUUCAGUCGUGGAAUCAGAACCGAAUACUACUCUAGCCCACCAUAUUCACCAAGGUGUUCCAACGCAAAAUUUUUCAGCAGAGCAAACCAAGGAAGCAUUUGAUGUAGCACGGAACAGCGUUGAGCUUCUCUCAACGGUUUUAUCCUCCUCUCCACAGCAAGAUGUUUUGCAGGAUGACUUGACAACAACACUUGUACAUCAGUGCCGCCAAUCCCAAUAUUCUGUCCAGAUGAUAAUCGAGACUCCUGGUGACAAUGAAGCCUUGCUCUUUGAAGCAUUGAAUGUGAAUGAUGAGAUUCAAAAGGUCCUCUCUAGAUAUGAGGACCUUAAAAAGCCUAAUGCAGUCCCACCUGAACCCGAACCUGCCAUGAUACCUGUUGCCGUUGAGCCUGAUGAAUCCCCACGGGUUAGCAAAGAAGAUGCACUGAUCAGAAAACCUCCCGGUUCUCGAGGCAGUGCCCGGGUGGGUGAGGAUGAUAUGAUGGAUGAUCUUGAUGAGAUGAUAUUCGGAAAGAAAGGUGGGGGCACAUCUGAAGGUGGUCAGGAUCCUAAGAAACAUUCAUCCUCGAAAGAUGAUCUUAUCACUUUUUGAAUUUUCUCCUUACUGUGUGCUCCAUGUUUUAGCCCAAUGCGGGCCCUAUCAUGUGUUGAUAUUAAAAUGGUCUUGUAGAUGAUAAAGACUUACAGACUGGUGAUAUCUAGGCUGGAUUCAGUUUUUUUUUCCCCCUCUAUUAUUGCACAUUUUAUGUAAUUUAUCCAUGUUUGACAGUGAUAGUGGCUUGACAUAAUACAGAAUAUUUCUAUACAAA